GGCCCUCUUCAAGUCUCAAGAACACGCCGUUGCUGCUGUCGCUGCUGCUGUUAGGUGCCCGCCCUUCCAUACUACGCGACGGUUCCGCGGCAUACGAUACGGAAUACCAAACCCCAAGCCCUUUCUCCCCUUGCCCUGCUUGCUCCCUUUCUUGUCUCGCUUUUCCACCUUGUUCGGGCCCCAGUGGGGUAUGGUAUGUAUGGUCUGGCCUCGUCUUCCCCCCUUCCCCUGCCUUGCCGCGCCUUGCCUCGCCUUGCUUCGCCUUGCCUCGCGCUCCUCUUCAGCUUAACAAACCGGCGAUUGCACCACACCACGGAUAUUGCGGGAGACCGUAGCGCGACAGGAAGAACAAGGGCUGCCAGACCUUGAACGACUCGCGCACCGUCGUCGUCUCGUCUCAGACAAGUGUUGUUUACCUGGGUCUAUGGUGUGCGGAUACCCCAGCACUCGCCCCUCUCCCCAGACACCUACCUACCUGUACAGAACACUACCUACUUACUUCGUCCACUGCUCAUCCCUCGUGGCUGCGCUUGGGUUCUGCUGCACUCCUGCACCGCAGAUCAGUUCGCCGCGUUUUGGUCCUCUGACAGCCGCACACUUUUAGCCGCCCCAAAGAUCCGAGGAUCGCACCCAUCAUCGGUUGCGACCCCUCUAAACUCUCUCGCACUCUAUCAAGCCGUGAGCCUCGAUAUUUCACAAGUCUCCGACCGCCGAUGCGCCAUCUGCUACGCCAUACGCGAUACCGCGCUUAGGACGACGACAACGACGACGAUCGGCUCGGUUCGCAUUCGUGUACUCGCCGCCAGCCCCCUGCCACUGCUGCGCGACAGUUCCCGCUUUCUUCUUGAGCGUCUCAAAGUCUCAUCGGCGACAUUCCGGCCUUAGCUCGACAUAGACGGACUGUAACGAGCCCACCCACCAUCCUUCUGUUCUCUCCGGUCUUCAAGCGAUUUGCCACUUCUUCACUACUGCACUGCGCCUUGUCGCUUGACAAACGAGAGAUACGUAGAGUCGGCAAGAGUCGCUUAAUCUCUCAUCCCUUUGGCGCACCAGACGUCAAGCUACUCCUCCCGUUCGUCACAGUCGGCGUGCGAUUCGCCCGUCGACCUCAGAUCCGCUCGGUAGCGCGGCCUCGAGGCACGGCGGCACCUCGUUCCCCCGUCGCGUUCUAGUCGCUCCAAUGCCGCGGUCCAGUUUCUCCGAUAAUCCCUUGUUGCGGGUAUCACGGCCUGUCUCGGCCUGCUCGCGAUGUCGAGCAGCAAAAGUCAAGUGUGAUGGAAAGCUCCCGGCCUGCACCGCUUGUGAAAAAGCCGGCCGUGAGAAUGAGUGCUCCAGUGCCAACGACCAGUUCGCCAGAGGCAAGGAGAGAAGUUACGUCGCGGCCCUCGAGCUUAGGGUCGAAAAGCUAGAGAAACGACUGGCGUUUGCCAGGUCGCGCAAGGCGUCGGUCAACCUACAUGACAUCGACGAGGCGACGGCAGCCCCUGCUGACCGCAAGGACUCUUUGGCCAACAUCCGGGCUGCUAUCCAUCGCAAGGCUGCCCGUAAGAGGGAGGACUCGGAUGUCAACUCGCUCGUGUCCGAUUUCGGCUUUUUGUCUGUCAAUGCAACGACGCGUGAUUUCGAGCCGUCGGUGAGCGGCAUGACGUUUGCUCGCCUGGUGUUAGCCGCCGCAACUAACGACGAUGUGCCCGACCCGACGGAGGAUAGCUUCCCGACAAGAGCCGAGGCCUUUGCCAUCGUCCAGUAUUACAUGGCCAACAUCUACGCCCUGUUCCCUUCCUUUUCUGAAACGCAUCUGCUUACGGUUCUCGACGACGUCUUCCAGCAAGAUGAAAGGGUCAAGGAUCGCCUCAAAGAUGCCGACUUCUGGCUCCUCUACAUGGUGCUCGCCAUUGGGUACAUGGCCCAAAGCAGGGGCAAGCAGGACGAGUACUACCGUCGCGGCCUCGACUUCGUGGCUCGCGCAUUGCCCUUUGCCGACAAAGCAUUGAUGCCGGGCUAUCCUACACAGAUCCAGUCGCUCAUCCUCUUCACGCAAUUCUCGAUGCUUGACCCCGCUCACUUUGACAGCUGGUAUCUGAUUGGAUUCGCAAGUCGGGCUGUGGUCGACCUGGGCUUUCAUCAAGAUCCACCGCAGCUACAAGUCCCGGACAAGGCGGCGCUCGAUCUCAGGAGGAGGAUGUUUUACAGUGUCUACGCGCUCGAUAGAACUAUCAGCAUGAUUCGUACCAGAUCCUUUUCCUUCACCGACGACUCAAUCAAUGUCGAGUACCCCAGCAACUCGGGCUUGUCCUCGGGACCCAUCACGGGUCCGCAAUCCGCAGACUCGGCGUUGGUGCUGUUCCAGCUCCGGCGCCUCCAAUCGGAAUGGUACCAAACACUCUUCCAGGCAGACUCGGCACCCCUGCCCGAUGCUGCUUCUUUUAUCUGGCAAAUGUGUCUCGAGAUGAGGGAGUGGCACGAGUCUUUGCCAGACAACCUCUCUUCAGGUGUUCGAGAGCUCUUUGAGCUUGAGCUGAGAUACAGCUACAUAUACUGCCUCGCACCCAGUGAUCGGUCGCCUCACUUGACAGACUACGCGCGGAGGCUUAUUUUCGAACACGCCAUCGCAUAUAUGAACACGAUUCAUAACGUCGCCCAUGGCACCACGAACUCGGCAUUCUACACCUCGCUGGAUGCGCUCAAGGUCUACUUCGUAGCCAUGCAGUUCCUCACCGCCCUAAAUGCCGCCCGCGAACUGCUCAUUUCCGAACAAAGAAUCAUCCCACCCAUCACCCGUCCGGGUACUGCGCCUCCUCCACCCCUUCCACACCGGCCCAUCGGCGGCGAAGACAGCUUAGAUAGGAGCAUACGAUGCCUCCAGCAGGUGUUUGAGACGUUGGAUAGGUUUUCUCAGCGGUGGGAUAUUGCGUCUCAGCUCAAGACGACGUUUGAAUCCAUUUCUUCGGAUCUAUUCUCUUGGCUUCAGGUUCGCCGCCAGAUGAGGGAACAAGGGCAGUUGCCACAGCAACAGCAACAGCAGCAUCACCAGCAACAGCAACAGCAACAGCAAACGCAACAACAACAUCAACAACAACUCUAUCAACAUCAACAACACCAACAACAUCAACAUCAACAACAUCAACACCAGCACCAACACCAUUCCCCAACGCCCCAGGGACCCUCGCCACCACAGGCCCAACUUCCAUCCUACCCGCCCCACCCUCACCCUCAUCCCCAGGUCCUCAUGGCGGCGCCUCAGAUGCACAUGCAAGGCAUGAUGCAGCAGCACCAGGGUCAAUCAGGCCAACCCAUGAUGCAGCAACAGCAGCCUCAGACGGGGCAACCAAUGAUGCAGUACAGAUGGGUCGAUGGGACGGGACAGACAAUGACUGGCCCUCCUCCAGGACAGGGCGGACCGGCCAUGUGAGUAGAUGAUGUUCUACAAGGAGGGUUCAGGUGCCCAUGUAUUCUUACCUUAUGAGACAAUGCUAUUUUCAAAACCAAACUAGGAAUAGUUUUAGUGUCUUGCUGCCGGGGUUAUGUGCAUAUUCCGUCUUAUCAACAAGAUGUGACAUGCACGCACGAAGUAGAACCUCAUAAAGAUCCUAGUUGGUCAUGUCCU